CUUUUAGAAUGCAAAAUACAAAUUUUACGUUUCAUGAGGCGAUGAAGGAUUCGCCAAACUUUAGGUAUGAACUUGGACAAAGUGAACGCUAUUUUGACCGUCUUCACAAAAGAAUGGAAGAUAUGGUCAAUAUUGUCGACAUUGUAAUUGGAAAUGGACAACGUUUUGUAGCGUCGUUAUAUGAUUUAACCGUGGCUUUAAACCGUCUUUGGUUGGAUAUGCAAAUUGAUGAAAAUAAAAACAAAAUGGCUUUGGAUACCUACAAACAAAUGUCAGAUUCUCUUUCACAAAUUGUUUAUUUAAAUAAAUCGCUUGUUGACUUGGCUUAUCCUUCUUUGAAGACGGGAUUUGAAUCUUUUAUGAGACGUGAAUUGGGAAAACUGAAUGAAGUUAAAAGCCAUUUUAAUAAUUUGUCGUCUUCGCUGUCUGAAGCGUUAUUGAAGAAGGCUGCGAUAAAUAAAAAUAAAUUUCAGGAAAUGCACGAUGCAGAAAAUUCUUUAACAGCCAUUGGAACAUGUUUCUCUCAUACUGGACUCGAUUAUGUUGCCCAAAUCAACAUUGUUAAUGCACUCAAAUGCCCAAUAAUUUUGGAAACUCUUUGGGCGUUUAUUAAAGAACAUGGAAAUUUUUUUACUAAAGGAGCUCACUUUUUUGCAGAACAACAAGAAUUUACUGUUAGAGAUGAAUUGGCAGCGCUCAGAACUUCUUACAAACAAAUUGAAAGGCGAAUGCAGGAUAGACAUACUUUUGUACCUAAAGAAAUUUUUCAAUAUCCAUCUGGAAUACCUACUGAUCCUCAAUGUAUUAUGGAAGGUUAUCUUUUCAAAAGAGCAACAAAUGCUUUUAAAACUUGGAAUAGAAGAUGGUUUAUGAUUAAAGACAGUAAAUUGCUUUAUUCACACAAAACAGUGGAUGGGGAACCAGAAGUCCCAACAGUAAUGGAAGAAAAUUUAAAGCUUUGUUUAGUUCGACCAGCUCCAGCAUCAAUAGAACGUGCUUGUUGUUUUGAAUUGGUUACACCUUCAAAAAAUCAUUUAUUGCAAGCAGAUUCUGAAUCUCUUUGUAAUGCUUGGAUUAGAGCUAUUCAACGGACUAUACAACAUUUACAUGAAGAUGAUCAAGGAACGUAUACACAUUCAAGAAGAUCAUUUGUAGAGAAUUUUGAAUCAAAAACACCACAAUCUGUUCAUUGCAAACUUGACACAGCAUCAACUUCAUCUGCUAAAAGUGAUGUAGGAGGAGAACAUUCUUCUGAAUCUUGUAGUUUACAAGAAAGAAAAUCAAAUCUUGGAAUCACAACACCUUCAAGACAUUCUGAUAAUGAAAAACAAAAUAUGAAAAUAUUUUUAAAAGAAUUACUUUCUAUUUCUGGAAAUGAAAAAUGUGCAGAUUGUGGAUCGAGAGAUGCAAAAUGGACAAGUUUAAAUUUGGGGAUUAUUAUUUGUAUUGAAUGUAGUGGUGUUCAUAGAGGUUUGGGUGUUCAUUUUUCUAAAGUUCGUUCACUAACUAUGGAUACAUUAGAAUUUGAACAACGUAAUAUUCUUCUAAAAUUAGGAAAUAAUAUCGUAAAUUCAAUAUUUCUUGUUAAUCUUCCAAAAUCUGGACAAUCUUCUGCUUUUGGAAUUGAUAAGGAUUCUGACAGAGAAAAACGAGAAACUUGGAUAACCAACAAAUAUGUUCACAAAAUGUUUGCUCGUUCAUAUUUUCGUCCGCAAUCUCAUUCACGUUCACAAACAUCUCUUUCCAUUUUAAAACGUAAAGAUGAAAUUUCUAGUCAAAAAUUAAUUGAAGACAAAAAGGUAGAUGAUGAAAAACAGGAAGAAAAUAGUCAACAAAGUAUUUUUUAACAUAAUAAAGUUUGCGGACUUGCGUCAGAUUAAGGAUGUUAUGGGCUGAGGGGAAAGUGGGGUCACUACGGGUUUUAGGGAGGUUAAGUACCACGACUUUUUGGGUAACCUGG